AGUCUGAACUUGUUCCUGUGUGUGUGUGUGUGUAUGUGUGUGUGUGUGUGUGUGUGUGUGUGUCGCCGUGAGUGACCCGGGUGUUGUGUAUGUUACAGAUCCUGACGCGGCGGACAAGGCGGAGCGGCACCUCAUGUGCGGCGACGACCUGCGGCACGACGCGCGCUACGACGCGCCGCCGCCGCCGGAGCCACGGCCGGAGGUGCGCCACGAGCCGCCGCUGGACCUGCGGGAGGUGCGGCCCCCGCCCUGCACGGAGCAGCAGCAGCAGCAGCAACACCAGCAGCAGCAGCAGCAGCAGCAGCGCCUGGAGCCGCGGCCCGAGGUGGUGCCGGUGGGGCCGGGCCCCGGGGAGCGUGUGGCCGCCUCGCCGCCGCUGCCGCCCAGCUCGCUGCCACACUCGUGCCAGCUGUGCGGGAAGCUCAUCUCCUGCCGCCGCAACCUGUGGAAGCACAUGGAGCGCGUCCACUUCAACAACCCCGCCGUCCGCUGCUCGCUGUGCGCCAAGAUGUUCAAAAACAAGUACGCCCUCAAGGACCACCAGCGCAUCUACCACGGCGGCCUCAGCGAGCCGCCGCCGCCGCCUCCGCCCCACUCCUCGCUGCUGUCCCGCAUCCUGCAGGACCCGCGCCACGCCCAGGGCCACCCGCCGCAGCCCCACGACCCCCGCCACCCGCCGCCCAUGGACCUCCAGCAGCCGCCCCUCAUGCCUCGCGAGCCCCUCCUGCGGCGGCCUCUGGAGCCCCACGGCCAGCCGCUGGGCCGCCGCCACCACGAGGACGAGGACGUGGGCGGCGCCGGCACCUACCCGGGCAUGGGCAUGGGCGCCAUGAUAUCCCAGUCGUUGGCGCCCAGCAUGGUGGGCAGCCCCUCCUCGCUGGCGCCGCCCCGCCCGGACUGGCCCACGCAGGACAACCCGCUGGCGCUCGUCAACCGCGCCUUCCUCUCCGAGCUGCACCAGCUGGUCACCAAGGCAGACUAGGCGCCGCGGCGCCCCGCUAGUCCCGCCCCAGCCCCGAAGCAGCAGCAGGCGGGUGCAGGGGCCGUCGGGCCACCAUCUCACUCUCGAUAGCUUUAACCUCCUUGGGAGUCCCGCUGUUACCAAACGGGAGCCGCGUCCUUCCCGGUGGCCGGCGGACACGGCCGCAGCCGCCGCCGCCGCAGCAGUAGUCGUCGUUGCCAGGAUAGUCUCUGGCGUUGUGUGUUCAGCCCGCACCGCCGCAGCAGCUACUACUACUACUACUACCGUACGUACGUACGUAGGCAGCCUAACACUGGACGCACACGCUUCCCUAACUCACUCAUCGCCAGCAGGGGAGUGGGGGCAUUGUUGACCUGCUUCGGAUCUUUCAUUCCAGCGUCUUAGCCUGUGAUGUGAGCGUGAUACGAGACACUUCUCGAUUGGGUUAUGAUAAAAUUUUUAAUAUAUUGGAUUCAUUUAUCUCAAGUAAAUGCCCAAAAUAGCGUUUAUUGGCUGUGAUAGAAGUAAUGUCGAACUCUGUAUGGAUGCGUUAGAGAAGCCUGUUGAGGAUCCUACGAGAAGAAGAUUCUGAAUCAGUAAUCAAUGUGUCCUAUGACUGCCUGAGCCGCGCGCCGCCCCGCCCACGGCCCCCCGCCGCCCGCCCCGCGGGGCUGCCCCCUCGCCGGCCCCCCCGCCCCCCAGCAUGUCCUUGUUGAUGGUUCAGCCUUUGUACUCCAGAUGUAAUAGUUCACAGUAUUUGCUCAGACGGUGGUCGAGGCGCCCGCCGCCGCCGCCCGCCGUCCCGCCCCGCGCGGCACGCACCGCCGCGCGUGUUCCUCCGCGCGUCCAUACAGGACCCCGCUGGCCGCGGCGGCGGCGGCGGCGGUGGC